AUGGGGUUUUGGGGUUUUAUAGUGCAAACGUUUUUUGAAUAUUACCAAUUGAGUGGCGAAGAUAUGACUUAUUGCGGCAACUCUCGGUUAUAUACCGACGCAUCUCGACCGAGGCGCGUCAUACUCAUGGCGAAACCAGAGGGAGACCUUCCCGCUCCCAACGAGAACACGACGCCUUCGAACUACCUUGAACAGUUUCAGGGUAAAGAAGUUUCGAGAUUCACCGAUCCAUGUGCAGAGGCCUCGAAAGCUUCCAUGGCUUGUAUGGCCAAAUAUGACUUUGAUAGGGAUAAAUGCUUGGACUAUUUUCAAGCGUACCGAGACUGUAAGAAGGUGUGGCUUGACCAAAGGAAAGCGGACAGAAGAGCUGGUAGACCUUCAGGAUGA